ACUAGACUUCCAUUCCAUUGCAUAAUAGCGAACACCGAACGACGCUUCAGUGCGAAGGCGAACAAUGGCGAACGUGGAAAUGUCUCCCUCAAAAACAUAAAUAAAUGGCCACCGUUGUUAUUACGUUCUUCCUAAUCACACGAUUUUAUGUUUGUAAAAUGGACGCCGACUUCAAGGAGAAAUCCAGGGAAAGAAUUUCAUCCCGACGCGAGAAAAGGUGGAGCAUGAACUCGCAAAGGUUGGAAGAGAUUGUGGCGGAGCUGAUGCGCCCCAUGCGCGACCUCCGCCACUGCUUCGACACGGACCUGAGCGCGUUGUUGGAGGAGUACCUGACGGAGGCGGGUCUGCACGCGCUAGAAGCAGAGGACGACGAUGAGGAGGAGGGGGGCGAGGCGAGGCCGGAGCCGCCUAACUUCGCGGAGCUGGCGCUGCUGCUGCAGCAGUCCGCCAACAUCUACGGCCGCAAGGUGGACGCGCUCUACCAGCACGUGCUCAGCGUCAGCGACUCGCUGCACAACAGCAUUGAGAUGGCGUACCCGGGCGGGCCGCCAGCGGACGGCGAGGGCGAGGACGAGGCGGAGGCGGGCGCGGCGUCGCCGGCGCGGCGCAAGCGCAAGGCGUCGAGCGCGGCGUGCGGCGAGUUCACGUACAUCGCGCUGGCGCCCGCGGCGGGCGCGCGGCGCGACGCGGGCGCGGCGCGGCCGCCGCCCACGCUGCCGCGCGUCUACGUGGAGCUGGAGCCGCGGCUGCUGGCCGACGGGGACGUGCCGCUCACGGACUACGCCGGCGAGCCCGUCGGCCUCAUGCAGGACUUCCAGGUCAACAUGCGCCUGCAGGACGGACUGCUAGUGGACGAGCUGGAGAGCCCCACGUCGACUGCGUCGUCGCUGCGGCCCAUCCCCCUGAUGGAGCUGCAGGCGGCCAUCGAGGCGGCCGCGCCCCCGUCGCCGCCGCCGCUGCGCGAGGAGUCCCCGCCGCCCGAGGCGCUGGCCGCGCCGCCGCACUGCUCCACGCCGCUGCCGCCGGACGGGCCGCGGGACCACAUGCCGCCGCCGCCGGCGCCGCUCAAGAGGGAGCGCAAGCGCAAGAACGACGCCAACAUCAACGACAUUGUCGGCGGGACGGUCAAACUCCUCAUCAAUAUGAAGCUGCGUCGCGCGCUGAAGCGCGUGUCGGAGUUCGAGGUGACGCCGUCGUGGGUGGCGCGGGUGGUGGCGGCCCGCCGGGCCGAGGUGCUGGCGCUGCGGCGGCGGCUGACGCUGGCCGGCGAGCUGCCGGAUAUGCAGGAGAACGGGCUCACGCGACUCGAUGUCAACGGUUUCGCGGGCUGGUCGGCGACGGAGGCGAGCGUCGCCGGCUCGGCGCUGGCGGCGGCGAGGGCGCUGGCGCGGCGCGGCGAGCGGCUGGCCGACGACAGCGACGACGACGGCUUCUUCGAGCAGAGCGAGCACAGCUCGCUCGGGGACUGCGACCACUCGCGCUCCGACGAGCCGCACACGCAGCUCCCCAACAGCACCCAGCCGGCGGCGGCGGAGGCGGCGGAGUGGGCGGCGGGGGGCGCGGGGGAGGCGCUGGACGUGCGCGCGCUGGCGGCCGCCGUGCUGCGCGCGCUGCCCGCGGCGGGGGCGGCGCCCGAGCCCUUCGGCGCCGUGCUGGGCGCCGCCGCCACGCGGGGCCACGACGUGUCGCGGCUCUUCCUCGCCACGCUGUUCCUGGCGAACGCGGGCAACGUGGAGGUGGUGCAGGGCCCGCCGCUGUCGCUGAACUCGUUCUCGCUGCGGCUGCUGAGCGCCGACCCGCGGCUGUACUGCGCCGCCGCCGCCGCCGAGCCGCCCGUGCGGUGAGCCCCGCCACCGGACGCCGGCGGGCCCGCCGUCGGGGCCACGCCUCCGGGCUUCACUUGCUGAGAGCUCGACUCUGCGGCGUAACAAGUAACGUGGUAUUCCCAGUAUGGUCCCGCAAGGGCCUCGACUGCGAACCACGAAAAUAACAAACCGUGGUAAUCCCCGUCGCCGCGCCCUCAGUUGGCUCCGAACAGUGUUCACUAGUGACGAUAAGUACGUUCCUGUGAUGUGCGCAACUGGCCGGUGAUCUUAACACAGACGUUCUGGUGCUGGUGAAAACAUUAUUACCUAGUAAUUAUAUAGUCAUUUCCAGGAUUCCUCAAAGCUAAUCUGAAUGUGUCUUACUGAUAAUAAUUAAGGAUCUCAUGGCGCGAUUUAACCAGUUCCGAUCACCAUAUUUUAUUAAAUCAUCGAUACCAAAAUCAUUUUACAUAUCGUGUCGUGUCCACGACUAACGAUAAAUGUGAUUUCCGUUUUAAGAAAUUGCAUUUAGAAGAUAACUUCAUGCUUUAAAAUUAUGUUCUUAAUAUAUUAUCAAAAUCCAAAUAUUAAUUUGUAUAAUAUAAUAACGACUUUAAAAUAAUGUAUUAAAAUUGUACAUAGUCUAUGGAAUAAUUGUAAUGUGUUUGUAAAAAUAAGUAAGACUAGAUAAGUAAAUAAAUAUAUUUUAUUAAGUACAAUGAUGGCAACUAUUUGAUAGUUGACGAAGGAUAUAUCUCUGUUCCGUAUGAGAGCGUACCACGCAGCACUUUAAUGGCGCAAGACAGGACAUUCCGAGAUAUGAUCGUCCGGCGCACAACAUUUAAUUCACAAAAUGAAAAUUUCGCGGCUUAUAAUCCUUUUACCGUGAUGGCAAAUUAAACUCCAAAGCAUACGCCAUGUAAUGCCAACACGAGAUACAUUUAAUACAAAAUGAGAACGAGAUUCUUACGUACACAUGUUGAACUUUAAAUGUCAUUGCUGACUCGACGGGAGGUGAUCGCAGACAGCUCAACCUAGAAACCAGUAAGAUAAAAUAUUUUUGUGUAGUAGACAAGGUUGAUGUUUCCGCAGUCACCUCCCAGACUGAGUUGUGUGAUGCUCCGUCCAAGCGGGGUAGAGUAUGUCGAUAGAGACCUGGGCACCUGACACACGCUACUCUUGUAUGUAGAUAUUGAAUCAAUUUUAAUUUCUACAAUUCCAUUGUUGAAAGUCAUUCUCUUUUAAAAUCAGUCUUGGGUUAUUAUAUUACCGGUGUAAUUCCUGCAAUAACUCACACUCUGUGUUGGUCAAAGUAAAUUCCUGUUUAUUCAAUAAGUACUUUUAUUUCAAGCAAAGAACAAAGUUGCCAUGAAAUCAAAGUGACAGAGUGGUCUAGACCUGCGACGAGUGGCGUCAGAUCACACAGGUCGAGUAGUGUGGAAGGAUAGGUUAGCUCAACCAGAGCAGGGUACCGACUAUAAUAAGUGUGUUACACUAGCUGUUUACUCCAUACCUACUGCUAUACACGCAGACUUCAUUUCAGUGUCGCACGUCCAGUGGUCCCCUGUAGCAGUAACGUCACCAUUAUUAUGUAACGUGGCCGAAUUAUAAAAUAUGUCUCUUUGUUGUAUAAAACUUUAUCGUGUGUAAAUAAGAGAGGCAAUGUUUUAUGUUUGGUGGCAUUCUAAGAAUGUUGGAAUACUGUAAUUGUGAAUCUAUUCCAAGUAAUAGUAUUAUUUGAUGUUGUAUGCGAUGCGUUUCGCGUCACAAAGUAGCAAUCACCCGUGCAGCAGUUCAGCGCACUCCCGCGUCGCGGCGCGCCCACACCCGUGCGGGGACUCACUUUGUACUAUACUAGGAAAUUUUCAAUAAUAUUAGUUCCAUAAUAAUACGCCGAUAUUAAGUUGGCUUGACUCCUAAGGUGGUAUUAAUACACUUCUCAGCUGAGAGUGCCCUCGAGACCAAUCUCAUGUCCCUGUUUUAUAUAACUGUCACAUUAACAUGAUCUUAAUGGCAGUCUCAAAGCUGAGAUUAGUUUAUACCACCCCUAGUCUCAAGUCGACAAUCAACAGAAUAAGUUAUUUAGCAUUCUUCUAAAUAAUCAGCCCUUCAUAGACUUCUGGAUUUGUCUUAGUACAUGGGAUAAAAACCAUAAAAAUGUGGUUAUGCGCUAAUAAAUGGUACAAAUUGGAACCCAUCCUCGAUCUAUUGUAAAUAAAAUAGUUUUUGCUCGUUUUUGUAUACCUACUGUUACACAUUCGUUAGGCAGUGUUUCAGAUAAAUGUUUUUAAAUGUUGAACAUAAUUAAUAAGUGUAUGCAUUGUUCUAAAACGCAUUAUGCAUAUUGUAAUAAUAAGUGGAUGUCAAUUAGUGAGACUUAUUUUUUUACAAUUAUUAUCCUAAAAUUUUAAUAACUGUAAAUUAAUCUAUAUUCGAAGACUGUGCCUUACUGUCUCUUUGGUAUCAGAGUGCGCUGAACUCGUCUAGUAUAAUUUAUUCAAACUGUUGUGUAUGCCAUUACGAGCCCGGCGAGGCGCCUGCGCGGUGCGGCGUGCACUGUGAAGCUCCUGUUAUUUGUUACGACUGUGAUACAUUCGAAUUCUACUUGAAUUCUUGUAACAUAAUAUUUUAUCUAGAAGCUAUGUGGAAGUUCUCCCUAACUGCGCGUACUUGUUUAUAAGAGGCUCACGGCAGUUGAGUGGAACUUCAUGCGCCAGUAAUAUAUACUGAAUAGCAGGAGCGUUCAUAGUAAGACUACUCCGACGUUGCGUUAUUUGGUUGAAUAAUAUAUAAAUUGAAUCUAACAA